AUGCGCACAAGCGUACGAUGGUCGGAGACGGCGGAUGCGGUAAAGGGAAUCCGUCCUCCUAUCAAUAGCCUCUGCUACAGCCCGUCCGGGGACUAUGUGGUGGCCUCGUGCGGCGUGCGUGUGCUUGUGUACGCCGCAUCCACAGGCACCCUAUUACACUCGCUGAAGGGUCACGAGAACACGAUCUACUGCGUAGACUACGCGUCUGACGGGAAGUGCUUCGCCAGCGGCGGGGCUGAUCGGACGGUCAUCGUGUGGUCAAACAAGGGUGAAGGCAUUGUGAAGUACCAGCACAAGGAGUCCAUUCAGGCCCUGGCGCACAACCCCAGCUCCUCCCAUUUGGCGUCCGUGUCGAGCAGUGAUUGGGGCAUCUGGUCGCCUGAUCAGCCGAAGGUCUCCAAGUACUCGCUUCCGUCGAAAGGGUUAUGUGCAGCCUGGACACCCAAUGGCAAAACACUGGCGAUCGGGUUGCUGAAUGGCACCAUCAUGAUGAUGGACAAGACUAGCGACGAGACGGUCCUCAUUCGCCGACCAGCACCUGUCUGGACUCUCGCCUUUACCCCGCUGCGAGAGAAAGGCAUCGAUGUACUCGCGGUCGGUUCGUGGGAUCAACGGCUGUCCUUUUACAACCUUUCGGGCGCAUCCGUCGGGCGGGAGCGGGAGCUUGACUUUGACCCGUGCAGUCUGUCGUACUUCAAUGACGGCGAGUACAUCCUGCUCAGCGGCAGCGAUCAUAGGGUGACCCUGUUCACGAAUGAUGGUAACCGGCUCAUCGAGGUCGCCGGCGCGGAUGACUGGAUUUGGUCUGCGCGGCAGCGGCCGCGUCACAAGCAGCUCUGCUACGGCACCAACGACGGCACCAUAACUUGCAUUGACAUCGCCAUCACCACCGUCCACGCCAUCCACGAUGACCAGUACGUGUUUCGUAAGGACAUGACGAACUUAGUUGUGCAUCAACUCUUGCUUGAUCGUAAAAUGGUGAUACCAUGCAACGAGUAUGUGCAUAAGAUCGCCACGUUUCUUGAUCGACUCGCGGUACAGCUGCAGGAGCGCGUCAUCGUCUUCGAGUUCUUUUACGACGACGAGCGUAACAUGCGCUAUCAGGACAUCGCGCAGAUUCGCCGUCGCCUCGAGUGCUCGCUGCUGUGUGUAACAACGAACGCCAUUGUUGUGUGCAACGACAGACGUAUUACACUGUACGACUUCCAGGGGAACAAGCGGCGGGAGUGGUCGAUGGAGAGCGCCGUGCAGUUUAUGAAGGUCGCGGGUGGGAUGGAGGGGCGAGAGAUUCUGCUCGUCGGGCUGACGGGUGGCCAAGUGAUGAAGGUGUUUGUCGACAACCCUUUCCCCACCUUGUUGCAUAAGGGUAGCGCACCAGUCAAGAGCGCGGACUUCAGCUGCUCUCGAAGCCGUCUCGCCGUUAUCGACAGCACAAGCACUCUCCAGGUCUUGAGACUCGGCGAAAAGAAUGAGCUGCUCUUUUCCGAGGACAACGUCACGGCGGUGGCGUUUAAUGUCGACCUGGAGGACAGUAUCGCGUUCACGACGGGCGACAAUACUCUCCACAUCAAGACGGGCUCGCUGCCAGCGUACCAGCAAGCGGUGCGCGGCAUCGUUGUUGGCUUCAAGGCAAACCGCGUCUUCAACCUUCAUUACUCCAACGUGAUGGUGCUCGACGUGCCACACGCACACGCGCUGUACAAGUAUGUAGAGAUGCGAGACCUUGACCGAGCCUACGAUGUGGCCCGUCUCGGUGUGGCCGACGCCGACUGGAAGAUGCUGGGGCUGCACGCGAUGAGCCAGCUGCGUCUCGACAUCGCGCGCAAGGCCUUUACGCACAUCCAGGACGUGAAGCUGGUCGAGUUGCUGAAGUCGCUGGAGCUGCGGCGCCGCCAAUCCAGAAUCGAGGACGGGGUGCCGCCGACGGUAAGAAACGGCAGUGCCACCUCCGCCGCCGUGGCAGCGACCACGGACAAGGGAGCCGUUGAUCCCGGCGGCGAGCCGACGUCGGUGCGCGCGGCGGCAAAGGAUGGCGUGCUGUACGGCAGCAUCCUCGCCUUCCAGGGCAAGUACCACGAUGCGGCGCGACAAUUCAUGAAGGCCGGCUGCGAGCUGAAGGCGGUGGAGAUGUACUGCGACCUAAAAAUGUGGGACAAUGCGAAGAAGAUCUGCACUAACGAGAAGGUGCUCAAGGAUCUGAUUCGGCAGCAGGCGCGCUGGGCCGAGGACUCGCAGAACUUCAUCGAGGCCGCCACCCUCUACGAGAGCUCUGGAGACUACGCGAAGGCGAUCGGCAUGAUGGGUCAGGCAGGCCAGGUGGAGAAGUUGAUGAAGAUGUGCCGCAGUCUGCCCAAGUCGGAGUUCAUCCUCAUUACCGAGUGCGCCAAUUUCUUUCGCAAACACAACGCCAUCCCGUUCGCCAUCGAGGCGUAUGAGAAGGCGCAGGACCACCAAGCACUUAUCGGGAUCUACGUCGCCCGCGGCGACUGGCGCAACGCCUUCACCAUUUUGGAGAAGGCACCAACCCUGGCGCGCGAGGUGUACGUGCCAUGGGCGAGCUGGCUGGCCGAAAACGACAAGUUCGACGAGGCCUUGGAGGCGUUCCGGGCGGCUGAGUGGCCGAAGGAGGCGAUGCGCCUAAUGGAAACGCUGGCGACAAACAGCGUCACGUGUCGCAAGUUCCGUGACGCCGCCUUCUACUACGUGCAUCUGGCCGAGGAGUACGGGCGCUUUGAAGACGGCGAGCGGCCUACUGACGUGGAAAAGGCGGCGCGAAUUCGACGCAGCAAAGAGUGUGUUCGCCGUGCCGACAUCUACUACGCCUUCUCCAGCGUCUAUGCCCACACAACGCAGCCGCUACCGUACAACGAGCUCAGCCUAUUUCGGGCAGCCAAGUACCUCUUCGGGGUGUGUGCCGAGUGCGCCAUGCCCAUGAAUGUUGGCAAGGGUGCCAUUCUCUACACCCUUUCCCGCAUCGCCAACCGGCUAGAGAUGGUGCGCACGGCACGCGCUGUGUUCGAGAAGCUGCAGGGCGUCAUUCUUCCGGUGUCUAUGAUGGAGCAGGUGGACAUCGAGACGCUCAUUGUGCGCAGCAAGCCGGUAAAGGACCGCGAGGAGCUGCUGGACCGGUGCUUCCGCUGCAACCAGCUUCUUGCGCAGCUGCCGAUGGCUGGAGAUCGCUGUCCCAACUGCUUCCACCAGUGCGUCCGCUCCUUCGUCAACUUUGAAUGUCUGCCGCUGGUCGAGUUCAUUCUCGCCGACGACCUCACCGACGAGGAGGCGGAGCGGAUCAUCGUCUCCGGCGUUGGUCGGCGGAGGUCGGCGGACGAUGAGCACAACAAUGGCCAGAGCGACGCGGCGGAUGCCCAGGCGUCGUCCAAGGUGAGGGAGUGGAAGUCCGACACCGGCGCAAACGUUAUCAGCUUCGACGAUGGCAACAUCGACUACGAAAUUGAUCAGCAGCUCGUCGCGAUGGGCCGCUCCAAGGCGGCGGCGAACAAGGGCAAUGACCCCUUCUUUACGCAGCUGCAGUACGUGCUGCGGCCCGGCCGCUCCACCUCGGCGUACCAGCCGUUUGUCGCGUCAGCGGACAUUCUGAAGGGAUUCCGCCGCGACGAGGUGUUCAUUGUGCGACCGAGAUACGGCACACUCCCGGUGCCGAACCGCUACUACCGCUUGAUGCGCUCCGAUGUGAACGUGUGCCUAUGCAACGGCUGCCAGCACUUCUUCAUUGCAGAAGAUUACGAGGCGGAGUGCACGAAAGGCAGCGGCUGUCCUCUAUGCCGCUAUCGUCCCGGGAAGCAGGUGGGCCGCUCGAUGAAACAGAUUUUGUUUGACAUGGAGGCCGCCGCCGCGGUGGCGACGACUUCAAGCACGCCGGCCGCUCUGUGA